GAAGCUGGUGCUGAUGCUCUUGAAUUGAAUCUAUCCUGCCCUCAUGGUAUGGGAGAGAGGGGAAUGGGACUAGCUUGUGGCCAAGACCCGGAACUUGUCACUGAAAUUUGUCGCUGGGUCCGGGAAGCAGUCAAAAUUCCUUUCUUUGCAAAGAUGACACCAAAUGUGACAGAUAUUGUUGACAUUGCAAGAGCCUCUCAGAAAGGUGGAGCCACAGGUGUAACAGCUAUCAAUACAGUAUCUGGUCUAAUGGGUGUUAAAGCUAACGGUAUCCCAUGGCCGGCAGUCGGUAACGAAAACAGGACAACAUACGGUGGCGUUUCCGGUAAUGCCAUUCGACCGAUUGCUCUUAGAGACGUGUCAGCCAUAGCCAGGGCCCUACCAGGGUUUCCUAUACUAGCAGCUGGGGGUAUUGACUCUGCUGAGGCCGGGCUUCAGUUCUUGCACUGUGGAGCUACUUUAUUACAAGUUUGUAGUGCUAUCCACAAUCAAGAGUACACACUGAUAGAUGACUAUGUUACUGGACUAAAGGCCUUGCUCUACCUACAAUCUGUCAGUGAAUUAGGUGAUUGGGAUGGUCAGUGCCCACCAACCGCAAAGCAUCAAAAAGGGAAAGUCAUUACUCCAAAAAUAACAGAAAUUAUUGGAAAAAGUUUACCCGAGUUUGGCCCAUAUCUUAAAGAGAAGGACCAAUUGAUUUCCGACUACAAGAAAUCAAUUACUCCACUGACUGAGUUCAGCCCUGAGACUCACAGACCUUCGUAUAAGCCAAGCAAGCCUGUACCAGCUGUUAAAGAUGUUAUAGGCCGUGUUUUACCAAUGAUUGGUGCUUGGGGUGAGCUGGACACAAAGCAACAAGCUGUUGCUCUUAUUGAUGAAGACAUGUGCAUCAACUGUGGAAAGUGUUAUAUGGUUUGCAAUGACUCUGGAUACCAGGCCAUUACAUUUGAUAAAGACACUCACCUACCCCACAUUACAGAAGACUGCACUGGUUGUACACUGUGUGUCAGUGUCUGUCCAAUUAUUGAUUGCAUUACUAUGGUACCAAGGACAACUCCCUAU